AAUGGAAUUAGCUGGUGGUGAGGAAAAGGAGAUGAGAAUGUCAGGUUAUCAUUCACUUGAUCAAAAUAUAGAUCUUCUCUCACCUGUAUCCGGCGGUGGAGGUGGUGGUGCAGCGCCAGGUGAUGGCACUGCACCACACACCGCUGGAUCUAAUAAAUGUAACAAGGGAACUGCUGCUACAGCAAGAGCAAAGUACCGUGAGUGUCUGAAAAAUCAUGCUGCUAAUAUUGGUGGAAAUGUUACUGAUGGAUGUGGUGAGUUUAUGCCUAGUGGUGGAGAAGGUACACUUGAAGCUUUGAAAUGUGCUGCUUGUAAUUGUCAUCGGAAUUUUCAUAGAAAAGAACAGCCUAAUAAUAAUGCCGGGAUUAUGGUUGUGCAUCCAUUACAGCUACCACAACCACUGCCUUCUCCGAUACCAUCGUUGAAUCAUCACCACCACCAUCACCAUCAACACGGAGGAGGAAGAUCAAUUUGGACUACUAUGCCACCUCAGCCUGUCAAAAUGGCCUUCGGAGGUAGCGGGGGAGGAAGUGGGGCAACAGACUCAUCAAGUGAAGAACUUAAUUUCAAUGCAUAUCAUCAUCAACAAGCAACAUCGGUACCUCCACAACAACCAUUUAUGUUGGCUAAGAAAAGAUUUAGGACAAAAUUUAGUCAAGAACAAAAGGAAAAAAUGUUGGAAUUUGCUGAAAAAUUAGGUUGGAGAAUUCCAAGAGAAGAUGAUACUGAAGUACAAAGAUUCUGCUCACAAGUUGGAGUCAAGAGACAGGUUUUUAAGGUUUGGAUGCAUAAUAAUAAGAAUCCUUCUUCUGCUAAAAAAAACAUAAUACAAGAAGAUCAACCUUAAUUAAUUUUAUUU